AAUCCACAAAAAAUAAUAAAGAUGAAUGAUGAAAUAUUGCCAACUAUGAAAGUAAAGUCACCGUCCCAGCAGAAUACAGAAUGGCCAAGCAAGCAACACCAACAACAGUACAUACAAAAACUGCAACAUCACAACCCUUUCCAUUUUAACUUAACUCAUAAUCACUUUUCAAUCUUCAUUCUCUCUUUCUUCUUCAAUUGGAUCAUCAUCAUCAUCAUCAUUUUUUCCAACAAAACACUGUUCUUUUGUUCCUUUUUUUUGUUCUUUAAUAUUGCAGUUACAUAGAUCUUAUUCUUACUUAGUUACAACAACUCCUUCAAGACAAAGAAACGUAAAAGGUGCAUUUAAAUCUCUGCUACUAAAAUCUGAAAUUGAAGCUUUUUUUUUUUCUUCUGAGUUUCUUUUCCAUAAUAUAGAAAGUUAUUUUGUUAAGUAGCUGAAAUUAUCAACACCCACCUUCAAAGAUUGUAGCUUUAUGAUGAAGGAGUAAUCUAUUUUGAUUUUUGAGCUUAUUUCAAGAAGUGGGUCCCAAUUAUUGAAACCUAAUAUUUGUCAUAUCAUAUGCACCUUAUAUAGUUCCAAAAUCAAUAUCUUAGCCAUUAGGGUGUGGAUUGAUGCAGAUUUAAGAAUAAUGUUUUAUCCUGCAGAAAAUCAUGGACCCCACCUUUUUGUUGAAAUGCUUGUUAAAAGGGUAGUUUUAGUUUUGUUGUGUUUUUGUUAAUUAUCAAUCUUCUGAAGAUUUGUGAGGUUUUUGUUGCUACUUUGGGUUUCAACUUAUAGGGAUCUUGGUUUUUCUGCAAAAAUUCGAUUUUGAUAUUAGCAGUGUUACAAAGAGUAUGAGGAAAAAUGUUGGUUCUUAUUCAGGAAGGAUGUUUAGUGACAAGAAAUGGAUUAUACCAUUUUUUGCAAGUUUGUUGGUAUCUGUGAGUUUAGUUUUGACAGCUAUUCUUGGAUCGUUUAGUUCUGCUGGUGGGGGCGAGGAGUUGCCGUUGGUUGAUGUCAUUUCAUUUAAGGGAUCAGAGGAUUCCGGUGGAUUAUUUGUGGAGUCGGAUUUGGAAAGGUCUAUAAAUGCUAGCGUGGUUGUGAAAAUGGAGGCGCCUAAGUUUGCAUAUCUUAUUUCAGGCACCAAGGGUGAUAGUCAUAGGAUGAUGAGGACGUUAGAGGCGAUUUAUCACCCAAGAAAUCAGUAUGUUUUGCAUUUGGAUCUUGAGGCGCCGCCUCGAGAAAGGUUGGAGUUGGCAAAUGCAGUGAAAGCUGAUCCGAUAUUUAGAGAAGUGGAGAAUGUGCGUGUUAUGUCUCAAUCCAAUUUGGUUACCUAUAAGGGUCCUACGAUGAUUGCUUGUACUCUUCAAGCUAUUGCAAUACUACUGAAGGAGAGCUCAGAGUGGGACUGGUUUAUAAACCUUAGUGCCUCAGAUUAUCCUCUUGUGACACAAGAUGAUAUGCUUCAUGUUUUCUCUAAUCUGUCAAGAGAUCUCAAUUUCAUUGAACAUACACGCAUUACCGGUUGGAAAUUGAACCAAAGAGCAAGGCCCAUCAUUAUUGAUCCUGCCCUUUACUUAUCGAAGAAAUCUGAUUUAGCAUUGACUUCUCAAAGAAGAACACUACCCACACCUUUUAAAUUGUUCACCGGUUCAGCUUGGGUUGUACUAACACGGUCUUUUGUGGAGUACUGUAUAUGGGGAUGGGAUAACUUUCCACGGACUAUGCUUAUGUAUUAUACAAAUUUUGUCUCUUCGCCAGAGGGAUAUUUUCACACUGUCAUUUGUAACACUCAGAAAUUUCGGCACACAGCAAUAAGCCACGAUCUUCACUAUAUUGCUUGGGACAGUCCACCAAAGCAACAUCCCAUCUCUUUAACAACGAAGGACUAUGACAAAAUGGCCAAGAGCAAUGCUCCCUUUGCCCGAAAGUUCCCCAAGGAUGAUCCAGUCCUAGACAAGAUUGACAAAGAACUUUUGGGUCGGACGCAUAGAUUUUCACCAGGGGGGUGGUGUAUUGGGACAUCAGAUGGUGGAGCAGACCCGUGUUCUUUGCGCGGUAACGAUACAGUGUUUAGGCCAGGACCUGGUGCCGAGAAGCUACACAAGCUGCUUCAGGUGCUGUUAUCUGAAGAAUUUAUAAGCAAACAGUGUUUGUGACAAUGGGGUACACUAAAAAAUUUAUAAUGUCAAGUGUACAUAAAGUGGUUACAUAUAUUUGAUAUAAAAAGUUAAAAUUUUGUAUCGAAUAAUAUAGGUUCAUACUUCAUAGUACCUUUCAGAAAAGAAAAAAAAAGGUUCAUAGUACGAAACAACAAGCACUCACAGUAGUAGUUUUUUGGUGCUUGUUUCGGUUUAGUUUUGCCAAUUCGAGUCAACCAUUUGUGCUAUUACAACCUUUUUAUUUUUGUUGAGUUACAAAAGGCAAUCAAGUUUAAUUUUCAUAGCA